AUGGAAAUGGGUUCAACGCUGGAGGAGGGCCCACCGAACCCCUCUUUCGCCAUCCGGGAUGCCGCCGUCAGGUUCCCCCGGAGCGCCUCCACCAAGGAGGCGCCGCCGUGCGACCCCGUCUGCCUCCCUCCCCGCCUGAGCGCCACCGGCGCCGCAUCCCUCUCUCUGAGCCAGCCCCCGACUCCACGGGGUUUCUCCCUCCCCGCCGCGAAGGCCGCCUCCGGAUACGGCGACCCGGCCGCCUACCGCUGCGUGUCCUCCGUGCUGAAGAAGGACGGGCAGGUCCUCUGCGUGGCCGCCGCGAACGGCCUGGUCUACACGGGUUCGCAGUCCAGCGCCGUGCGCGUGUGGAAGCUGCCGGAGUUCGCGGAGUGCGGGCAGCUGAAGGCGAAGGCGUCCAUGGUGGUGGCGCUCCAGGUGUCGAACGACAGGGUCUACGCGGCGUACGCGGACUGCAAGAUUAGGAUCUGGCGGCGGACUUGGGAAGGGGUCGUGCGGCACGUGAAGGUGGCGACGGUGCCGGCGACCGGGAGCUUUGUUCUCAGUUACAUCGGCGGCAAGGAUAGAACGGCGAAGCACUUAGGACCAAUUUCAUCGCUGGCAAUCAACGCCUCUGACGACAUUCUCUACUCCGGCUCGUUAGACAAGACGGUCAAAGUGUGGCGUAUCUCUGAUUUCAGAUGCAUAGAGACAAUCCACGCCCACCCGGAGCCCGUCAAUGCCCUCGCCCUCGCCGACGACGGCGUCCUCUACACCGCCUCUGACGACGCCACUGUCCGCGUCUGGCGGCGCAAUUUCUUCGGCGCGGGUGCCGGCUCCCGCCUCCACUCCCUCAUCGUGACCCUCCCCGCCAAACACUCCCCUGUCCGGACACUCACCCUUGCCGGGGACGGCGCCGUUCUCUACGGCGGCUGCACCGACGGCUACGUCCACUACUGGCUUCGCGGCUGGUUCUCCGGCCAGCUUCAGUACGGCGGGGCACUUGCGGGACACACCCACGCCGUCAUGUGCCUGGCGGCUGUGGGCGACUACGUGGUGAGCGGGUCGGCUGACACGACGGGACGAGUCUGGGUGAGGGAGGCGGACGGGUACCACACGUGCAUUGCAGUACUGCAGGGCCACCGGGGGCCGAUCAGGUGCGCGGUGGCGCUGCCCGACCGGGAGGAGGGUGCUGAGGAGGGUUGUACCCUAUGCACCGGGAGCUUGGAUGGCGUGAUCAAGGUGUGGCGCGUGAGAAACACGGUUGGCUGUAGUCAAGCUCGUAGCCCAUCGCCGAACGCGCGCGAGUAUUUUGAGUUGACUUGA